AUGUCCACAUCUCGUAAAAGUAAAUCUGCAAAAUCUCGCGGUGGCGAAUCACAUGAUGGCAAAUCUAUAAAAUCUCGUCAAUGCAAAUCUGCCACCUACAGCUGGGAGCAACACUCCUUUGAACAGCAUCGCUCGAGAGUUCGGCAGGCAACGCCUACGGUUAACAUGAAAAUGCCAGAGUACAGACCUCACGUGAGAUAUAAUGCAAAAAGAACUCAGUUGGAAAGAGAGCGGCAAGCCCAGAUUGCUCGGGACAAUUUUAUCCUCUUUAAACGGCUUACGGACAUCAUGAAUGGCAAGCUUCAGCGCAAGUAUCCCAUUACCCAAGCAAAGUCGAUGUGCAUCAAGACUCGAUGA